AGAUAGUGGAUAGGAUGUGGGCAUUUGAAUAAAUAUUAAAGAAUCUAAUGUUUUUCUAUAAAUGAAAACUUGCAGCAACAAUUUGAGAAUGAAUUCUGUGUAUUACAAAGAACAUGAUGAUGGAAUUGCGUCACAUCAGGUGGGUUCACUGUCAUCUGGGCCUGGACCGUGGUGGAGUGGACUUGUGACUCAACCCACUUUUGAAGAUUCCGUCGGCCGAGUUAAGUCUUCAUCAAUGGAAAACUGUGGAGAACAACUCAUGCCUAUUGCCCCUAAACCGUCGCCUCGUGCCACUGAUCAGAAAGGGAAUAUGACGACUCAUUUCAAUGUCUUUUCUGGUGAGUCUAAGAAUUCAUCAAAUGCGCAAAAGUCAUUGCAAUUUCAGGCUGCUUUUACUAUACAAUCUUCUCCACAAGAGUAUGGGGGUCAUCUUGAGCUAGGAUUUAGUCAGCCGGCUGUGAUAUGUGGCAAUUAUCCUUUGGGCGAUCAGUAUUAUGGCAUGCUCUCUGCUUAUGGACCUCAAAUCGCGGGCCGGGUUAUGCUGCCUUUGAACUUGAGUUCUGAUGACGGACCUGUAUUUGUGAACGCAAAGCAGUAUCAUGGAAUAAUUAGGCGCAGGCGAUCGCGUGCUAAGGCAGAAAUGGCGAGAAAGGUUACAAAAAGCCGUAAGCCAUAUCUGCACCUGUCGCGCCAUCUCCACGCCAAACGCAGGCCAAGAGGCUGUGGGGGGCGGUUUUUAAACACAAAAGAAAUGGAAAAUGUUAAAGUUGGAAACCUGGAUUCGAAGCUGACUGAACAUCCAACAGGCUCUCAGAGAUCUGAGGUAGUGCAGUCAGAUCAGGAAACAAAUGGUAGCAGGAUCCACAUGCCGGUAUCAGAGGUGACAAGCACGUUUUCAAUGGGAGACCUCAAUCACUUCCCUAUUGGGAAUCUGUCAGGUGUUUCUAUUUCUGACAUGAUGAUGUCUGGUAAUGCCAUUCAUGGGUUUGGCAUGCACAACAAAUGGGUUGCAGCGGCUGGUGGCGGUGAUAACCGUUGUAACCUGGCAGUUUGAUGUGACAUGGGCCUUGAUGUGUCAGCACAUCAGGCCCUUUCUUUGAUUAGUCAAAUGGGGCUGGAUCGUUUCCUUGUUUGGCUAGGCAAAUCAUCCUUGGCUUUUGUGUUAAGGUUACGUCUCCAACCAUAAUUCUCCCUGUAAACAUUGUUUGCAGCAUUUUGGGAAUUGUUAAGAGACGACCUUAAUGCGUAUAAUAUGAUGGAUAAAUACCUCUUCAAGAUGUGUUUGUUUCAUCUAAUCUAAUCUAAAUUUAAAUAAAAUAUACAUGUUGCUUGAAUGAAUAAAUCUUGAAAAACUUUGUGUUUGAAUCAUGUGUGUUUUCUGACUUUCAGGCAUUUUAGAAAAAUGCAAUGUAUGAUGUUCUGUUUGUUACUUACACAAUUGUUGCUAUACUGAAAUUCCCCUUUUGUAAA